AUGGCCCUCCCACAGCUUUACAAAAACCUCACCCUUACCUCCUACGGCCAGAUACGAUAUAAUGAGGAUGACCUGCCCGAGGGCUACGGAAGUGCAAGCCCAUUUUCAAUGGGACUGAAUGCACUGGUCACCCGUAAUGUAGCGCCACUUGUUCGAUCAAUUACACUGCGCGGCGAAUGGCGAGAAGACGGGUUGGAAGAACAUGCUCGAGUUGGAAGAGUCCCGGACUCGUCAAUGAUGUUGAAUAUCUGUGUUCGAGCUGCUAUUGACAAAAUGGUUGGGUUAGAGAGCUUCAGUUGGGAAAUAAGUAAUACCAAAGCACUGGAGACUGUAUGUCAGGGACUUGCGCAGCUUCAGAACCUUCAGUCCUUGACUCUUCGGUUCCCGUCGAGUCGACAUCCUAGACCUACGACUAUCAUUCCUCCCAUGCCAAACCUACGCGUCCUCAAGGUCACAGACAUAGAUCCUCUUUGUUACCCAGAUGAUAUUUCUCUACUACUGUUUGGCAGCAAAAAGCUGUGUGAUCUAAGAAUGCACUGGUCUCCUCGAAUGCGGGAAUCCCAGGAGCCGAGCGUGGCUCUCUCUGAUUACUUCCGAAGGUGUAUUUCGGCGAAGUCACCCUUACGACUGAAAAAGAUAGCAUUUCAAAACUUCUUUGCGCUUCAUCCAGGGGAAUCAGGACCCGGAGUGACCCAUAGUUCCCUUGAAGAGAUUACGAUGCUCACCAAUUCCAGUGAGAACGCUGCCAUGACCUUUGUCGAGGCUAGUUGGCCGGCACCAGGGCCCCGGGAAGAAAUGUCGAUGCUAAAGACAUUUCGAGUUGAUCGUGUAGAGAAACGAGGCAUAGAUUUCUUACACCAGCUUAGCCCCCUUGAAAAUUUAUACUUUGUCAACCCUUUGCGAGAACCAAUAGACUAUGUCAACAAUUCAAGGCCGGGCGUCUCAUACCAACCAUCCCCUUCUACAACUAAUCCAAGUGGUGGUAACCAAUCUAUGGCCUCCGAAUACCAGCAGAACCACCCAACACCACCUGGACCUGGUAUACAACCAUCAACGUCACGAGCAUCUCUAAGAGAAAUGCAAGUUUCUACGAUUAUUUCAGUUCAUGGUGCUACACUAAAACGACUACUACUUCCUGCACGCAUGAAUAUGCCAGUACCACUGGUUGUCAAGCUGGUUCAUGCUUGCCCGAACCUAGAGCAGCUUGCAAUAGCUGUUGAUGGGAAUAGCCUUGAAGUAAUGGGGAUUGUACUCCCAUUCUUGAAGAAACUUGAAGCGCUCCGGAUUCUCAUACCAACACUGCAGGAUAAUGACCUAAGGAGUACAACACCUACAGGGAACGUUCGCACAUGUGGACGAGGGCAACCUGGAAUUAACAGCAAUAUAAUCAACCGCUCCCAUAAGUCAAACCGUUUUCCGCGGCCCGACCUAUCGCUUCUUCCUCCAUCUGAUUCACGGGAUCUUGCAAGGCUGGUUGACAUUGAUGACUCUUUCCAUAUACAAAUCCUUUCGCUGCAUCUCGCUGAGCCAAUUUACAACAAUAUCAAGAUAGUCGGUAUAGGCUGGAAGGCCUGGCAAAUCGGCGGAUUAUACAAAGGAUCGGCUCCAACGCGUAGUAAAACUCCACCAGCUUCUGGUGAUAUAUCAAACGGCAAUGGAACAAUAGCAGAUGCCCCGGUUGGCGUGUCUAAUUCGAACACAAAUGGCCAUAUACCUUCAAAUCUGAUGAAUACCCCCUUAAUGAGGCCAGAAAGUUAUGGACCUGAUAGUUCCAACUUACCAGCCUGGUCAACACAACAGCCACAGUCUAUAAGCUCUCCGCCGGAAAACCGAAAUCCGCUAGGCAAGCGGAAAUAUAAUAGCCAACAGAACUCAUCGGCUCCCCUUCCACCCCCUGGUGGAGAAGCGUAUACCCCAAUAAUGGAACCCAUAGCGAAAAAGCAGCAACAAAAUCGCCCUUCAGCGGGUUCAAAUAUAAGCUCUGGACACUCCAAUGUCCCCGAGAAUACUACUAAUGGGAAUGAGAAGUCCGCCUUCCCUUCUCUAUCUUUCUUAGAUGAGCAAGUAUUUGCCCAGAUACCCGAAAACCUGCGGCAGAGCCUGAAUGACUGCUUCACGCAAGUGAGGGGCAAUGCAGACCAACCUUUUGUGUGGAAAAGACACGUCAAACGUGUGGGUUGGGAUGUCUUGAAACAUUGGGAGAUAUGGGGACUUGAUGUUCAGGAAAUUUGA